AUGGGGACAACUACCGUUACUGCCCCUGCUGACAUGGUCAUUUACCAAGACAAAGUAUCUCCACUCUCCUGUGCUACCUGGAAUGUGGGUAUUAUUUCAGGUAUCUCCACUCUCCUGUGCUACCUGGAAUGCACUGGUGUUCCUCAUAAAACAGGAGUCAUGGUGGAAUUCUCGGACUUGGCAUUCCACCUCCGUUCCCCUGGCGAUUUGACCAACGCAGAGCUGGACGAGGUCCUGGACUUCCAUAAUGACCGCGUCCAGAUGCAGGAGAAAGCUGAACUGUACCAGCUGCAGAAAUUGCAUGAUGCUUUACAGAGCAUCUCCUUCAAAAACUACUACCACUGUUCAGAUGAUGUUGACAUGAAAAGAAGUGACAAGCUCAGAGCUAUGUUUACUGAUUACUUUGAAAUGAAGCCAGAGCAUUCUAGUAACAUGGGAAGAAUUAGUAAAUUAUCUUUCAACAGAGAGCUGGAGUGUUCUACCUCAGGACCAAAUGAGGAGGACUCUUGUAAAAAUGAGGGUUAUGUUCGUGGUGAUAUUCGUGGCUUCAUCUCCCUGUGUGGUCAGGAACACGUUCUUUCAGGAAGAUGA